UCGUUACGCUAAGCAAUAAUCCGCCCUCUCCCUUAUUUGCUAAUGUAUUUUAUGAACGUCCCCAUAUUUAAUUUUUUUAAUUUGGCUGUUAGGUAAAAAAAACUCUAGAAAAGAUUGAAUCCAGGUCUUCAGCACCUCCUAGCCCUACCCCAAGUUCGAUUAGCAACACAUCAAAUUCUAGUAAAUUAAAAAUAAGUGGAAAAAACUUGUUGCCGUAUAAUGUUACUCCACCUAGACCUCGUGGACCGACUGAAGCUGAAAAAAAAAUUGAAGAAAUGACCCGACAAAUUGAAGAAGAAAUGGAGAAACAUGAGGAAGAAGGGGAAUAUUUUGGGGUGUGUCACACCUGUGGAGAGAAAGUUACUGGAGCUGGACAGGCUUGCCAGGCAAUGGGAAAUUUGUAUCAUACUAAUUGUUUUAUUUGUUGUUCAUGUGGAAGAGCAUUAAGAGGAAAAGCAUUUUAUAAUGUUCAUGGUAGAGUGUAUUGUGAAGAGGACUAUUUGGUAGUUUAUUCGGGAUUUCAACAGACUGCCGAAAAGUGUGCUAUUUGUGGUCAUUUAAUAAUGGAAAUGAUCCUUCAAGCAAUGGGCAAAUCAUAUCAUCCAGGUUGUUUCCGUUGUUGCGUUUGUAACGAAUGCUUGGAUGGUGUACCUUUCACUGUUGAUGUGGACAAUAAGAUCUACUGUGUAAAUGAUUAUCACAGAAUGUUCGCUCCUAAAUGUGCUUCAUGUGGUAAAGGAAUAACUCCAGUAGAAGGUACCGAGGAAACGGUUCGAGUUGUGUCUAUGGAUAAAGACUUUCAUGUCGAUUGUUACGUGUGUGAAGAAUGUGGUAUGCAAUUGACAGACGAACCAGAUAAAAGAUGUUAUCCUUUAGAAGGACGCCUUAUGUGCAGGAGUUGUCACAUACAACAUUUGCAACAUACACCUAGACAACUAUAUCCUGUGUCUGCCACAUACCAGUACAUUGGAUAGAAAAGCUUACAAUGCAGCUAUUUUUCGUUAGAUAUACAUAGAUUUAUAUAAAAAGGAAACACGUUAACACCAUAGUCAUGAAUUCUAUUUAUUUGAAAUGUGGCAAAGUCUUUGAAAAAC